GUACCGAGGGGCCCGCCGGGAGCGCGGGCGGAGCGUUCGGUGUCCUCGGGCCGCCAUGCUGCCCGCCGCGCUGCCCGCCGCCCGCCGGGCGCUGCUGCCGCCGCUGCUGCCGCUCCCUCCGCUGCUGCCGCCGCGCCCCGGGCCCCGCGGGCUCCCCGCCGGGCUGCGGCCGCUCGGCACCGGCCCCGCGCGGCGCUCGGAGGCGCUGGCCGGGGCGCCGCUGGACACGGCCGCCAAGGAGUACUCGCCCAAGGUGCGGCAGCUGGUGCGGGACAUCGCGGGGCUGACGCUGCUGGAGGUGGCCGAUCUCAACGCGCUGCUCAAGGAGACGCUGAAGAUCCCGGACGUGGGGGUGAUGCCCGCGGCCGCCGCCGCCGCCGUCCUGCCCGCCCAGGCGGCUCCGCAGGAGGAGGAGGAGGAGGUCCCGCUCAAGAAAGAGAAGACUCAUUUCACCGUCCGGCUGACGGAGCUGAAGGCCACUGACAAGGUGAAGUUGAUCAAGGAGGUGAAGAACUUCGUGCCAGGAGUGAACCUCGUGCAGGCAAAGAAGCUGGUGGAGUCCCUUCCACAGGAGAUCAAGGCAAACGCCUCCAAGGAGGAAGCAGAGAAGAUCAAAGCAGCGCUAGAGGCGGCAGGAGGGACUGUAGUUCUGGAGUAGUCUCGCCAUGGAGAGACUGGUGCUUCAGCUGCUGCCCGAGCCGGGCUCCGGACCUUUCCGAGUGCAUGUGGCACAGUGGGAGUACUCUCCCGAAGAAUGCUGUACGGCUUGGCAGAGCUGCUACUGCCUGCCAUCACCAUGAACUCUACCUUAUAAAUAUCAAAAAAAACCCUGUAAAAUGGUUAAUCUUUCUCAAA